UGGGUGACAGGGUUAUUUGCCAGUGACCCACACUUACUUUUCUCUGAUGCUUUGUUCUCAAAGAGCUCAUAGUGCCCACCUUCAGUGACUGUCAGUGUUGGAAAUGUCUAAUCCCAGGACUCACACUCCUCCCUUUUCUCACAACUUAGAUUUAAUCUUUUCACGUGGCUUUCUGGGCUGAUCCCAAAUUUCUGGGAGUAAACACCCUCAAAGAUGACACUGUCUUCGAGAGUCAGCAUGAGUGUACGGACCCCACGCAGACUCCUGGACCUGGCGGGAAUGCACCUGCUGAGGGAAGAUGACUUGGCCUCUUCUGCUCUGGGACAGCUGCCUGUGGAGCUCUUCCCACCCCUCUUCAAGGAGGCCUUCAGUGGGAGACAUACUAAAAUUCUGAAGGCCAUGGUGCAAGCCUGGCCCUUUGUCCGCCUGCCUCUGGGGGGCCUCAUUGAUCUGCCUCAUGUGGGGCCCCUACAAGCAGUGCUGGAAGCCCUUGAUGUCCUGCUUGUUCAGAAGGUUUGCUCCAGGAGAUGCAAACUGCGGGUGCUAGAUUUGCGGGACACUGGUCAUAACUUCUGGAGCAUGUGGUCUGGAGCCAGUACUCACAGGUGCACAGGCUCAGGAAGAGCACCAGUGCCUAAGCCCAGGUCAGUGACAAAGCAGCAUGUGGCUCCACUGAAGGUUUUUAUAGAUCUUUCCUUGAAAAAAAGGACCUUGGACAACUUCCUCACCUACCUCCUUAGGUGGGUGGAGCAAAGAAAAUCUUCCAUCCACCUGUGUUGUAAGAAGCUGAAGAUCGUUUCCAUGCCAAUGGACAAUAUUGUGAAGGUCCUGAGCAUGGUGCAGCUGGAUUGUAUCCAGGAGGUGCAAGUGAGUUGCACAUGGAAUCUGUCCACCCUGGCCACAUUUGCUCCUUUCCUGGGCCACAUGAGUAAUUUGCAGAGGCUCCGUCUCUUCCCUAUCCAAGUAUCUGCCUUCAAGAAGCAGGAGCACGAUCACGUUGUGCAAAUUACCUCCCAGUUCCUGAGGCUGGGCCACCUCCGGGAUCUCCAUCUGGAGUCUCCCUCCUUCCUUGAAGGCCACCUGGACCAGAUGCUCAGGUGCCUGACGACCACCUUGGACAACCUCUCAAUAACUAACUGCCAGCUUACGGAAUCAGACUUGACCCACCUGUCCCAGUGUCCAAAUAUCUGUCAACUAAAAAGCCUGGAACUGAAUGGUGUCACCCUAACGGACUUUAAUCCUGAGCUGCUUCAAGUUCUGCUGGAGAAAGUUGCAGCCACCCUCCAGGAACUGUACUUAGACCAGUGUGGGAUCAAGAACUCCCAGUUUGAGGCCAUCCUGCCGGCUCUGAGCCGCUGCUCCCAGCUCAGGUCCUUCAGCCUGUGUGGGAACCUCCUCUCCAUGGCCGUCAUGGAGAAGAUGCUACGACAAACUGCUGGGUUUUCCUGUUUGAGUCAGGAGUGGUAUCCUGCCCCUCAGGAGAGUUACAGCCCUCAGGGUGUUCUCCUGGAUGGCAGGCUUCCCCAGCUUCAGGCUGAGCUGUUGGAGAUUCUGAGAGACUUAGGCCAGCCCAGGACUGUCUGGCUUACAUUCAGCCCCUGUCCUCACUGUGGUGAUGACAUAUGUACUCACAUGGAGCCCAUUAUAUACAGCUGUUCUAACUCUGCCUAGGUGGUUGCCUCUAUCAGAAGUUUUCUUCUUGGCACUUGGAAACUGAAAUCUAGGACAUGGGCACAUCAUGAAGUGAAAACAGAGCUAUGGUUUCAAACAUCAGCUCAGUGUGAAUGGGAAAAGGAAGGGUGAUCCAGUGAGGGUGCAUGAUUGCAGUGGGAAAUGUAGAGUCUGGGAGGUGA